CCCUCAAUCACGACAAAAUACAUCACGAUUCUCGGGAGUUCCUCAUACCGCCAGACACACCUGCCAACCGUCACAAUGGCUACGUCUUACCCGACUCUCGCGCCCUUCAUCUUCAAGCGGCCUUGGCUGCAGAACAUGCUCAAGCCCGUCGCAAGCUGGUACACAAAUGCCGCCGGGUACCGCCAACUCGGUCUUCGAGCCGACGACCUGAUUGUCGAGGAGGACGAGAACGUCAUCAAGGCAUUGAAGCGCCUGCCGCCGAAAGAAGCUUACGACCGUGUCUACCGAAUCCGACGUGCGUUCCAGGCCAGCACCGUCCACAAGCUGCUCCCCAAGGAGGAGUGGACCAAGCCUGAGGAGGACGUCCCGUACCUGCAACCAUUGAUCGACCAGAUCUACGCCGAGGAGAAGGAGAAGCAGGCCUUGGACACUCUGACCGUCAUUCGAAACCAUUAAAUAGAAAUAGCGUCGAACGGCAAAAUUGUACAAUUAAACCUGCGUUAACGAGAAGAAUAGAGUGAUUGGACAAGCUUGUCCGCAAGGAGUCCAGGUUGUACCGACGAAUUGAACGUUCCAAGAUAUCAUAUCUGUAUAUACCUAGACCUUUUCGUCUCCCCUCAACCCGUACAAUUCCAGUCUAAGAGUUUAGCAAAUUCCGACCUUUAACUCUUGGUGCUUUCUGGAUUUAGUGUUUAGCCUCGAUGAUAAACCGUGGCGCAUAACGUCUAUGCUAGAUCUACUAUGCCCUAGAAACGGAACUACAUAGUGAUUGUAGUUUGAGAGACCAGGAUCCUACCCUUCUGAAAAUUCAGUGGAAACUGGAACGCAACGUUAAACCCUAACGUCAUUUUACUUCUAUCUGUGUAGUAUUGCGACUGGUAGUAUAUUGCUACAAGUAUACCUACUUGACAAAA